ACUCGUCUCGCGGGUUCCCCGAGUGAACUGAGCUCCUGACAGGUGCACUGGGCUCACCGGUCCGCUCGCGGUCCGCUUCGAGCGCCUCCGAACCCGCUUCGCCAGUUUUCGGCCCAAUCUGGACACGUCCGCAGCCGUCCAAUCAAAGGGCGAAUAACUGAUAUGCAAAUGAGAUGCGUGCAUCGCCGCUCGGAGCGUCGGCGGAGGCGUCGAGGCCACCAGCGGCUCCACUAAAACUUCGCGAGUGCCAUUAGCUAGUUGGCUAACGAGGCGCCGAGACGCAAGCGCUUCCGCGAUCGUCGGUCGCUUCGCUCUCUGGAUCUCUCUGUGAUGCAUCCCAGCACUGUCUUCUCAGCCUGUCUUCAUGGCUAAGCUCAGGUUCUCCACCCUUUGAACCUCUUGGCCUAGGUUGGCCAGCAGCCUGCGGCAGCGCUGCGUGACUACCGCGGCCGCGUCGGGACACUUCGCGUGCUACGACCGAUCCCACGAUGGACUUCUUUGACGAUCCGACCCUGUUUGACGGUGGUUUGGAGGGGCUGCCAGAUGAGGGCUUUUCUGCAGGGUCCGUCUCUCUGGUGGACGAGCUGAACCUCACCGCUGAGUUUGAGCCGUUGCAAGUGGAUUCCCUGGGAGCGGGGAAGCACCCGGGGUUAGCGCCUUCCUCCUCGUCUCAGCAGAACUUGACCUUCGAGCAACAGAUUGACCAUUUCGGUGCGUUGAAGGCUCCGCUCUCAGUAGCUCAGCCUUUUUCUGUCUCGGAUAGCAGCACCAAUGGAAGCGGCAGUGUGUUGGCCCAGCACGUGCAGUUCCACAACUCCCCUUUGCACCAGGCACCUCAGACCAACGGGCUGUUCCCUAACAACAGUCCCAUGUGGGGCAACCAGGACCAGAACGGCAAUGCUUUUCACCAGUUGCCCCAGCAGCAGAGUCAUCAUCACCAGCACCUUGACCAACAUCGGCACUUUCAGCCCCACCUGCAGGGCCUGCACCAGCAUGGCAAAGCCUUCUCGGAGCAUCAGGACUACUUCUACCAGGGCACCCAGGCUCAGAAGCAGCAGCAGCAGCAGCAGCAACAGCAGCAGCAGGCCUACCACAGCCAGCACCAGUCCUUCUCGCCAAGCCCAGAGUGCAACGGGGCACUGUAUCACCACGGGGGCAUCACCAAUGCCUACAAGCUGCCCAAAAGUCACCUGGGUGGCGACAGCUCGUCCUUUCCCUGUAGCCCUCAACGGCAGCAAGGCAGGAUGCAGAGUUGCCAGGGGAAUCAGAAGUACCCUGGAUCCACAGAGGACAUGGCCCUGCCCUACUCCAGGUCCUCCAUUUCCAGUGCGCUCUCUGCCUGCUCAGUCAGCUCUGGCGCGGCCUACUCGACGACACAGUACCCGCUGAGCGCAAGCAGACCGCUGGCCUCGGCCCCUGUGCCCGCCACUACUACUGCUUCCCCCAGAGCUGCUACCUUGCGCUCCUCCAUGCCGGAGUUCUCAGGAGCGGGAGAUGCGUUUUCGUUGCUUCCUGGGAUGGGCCAGCAGCAGCCGCAGCAUCAGGGUCCUCUGAACCAAGCCGGCGAUUGUCCUUUCCAGGGCCUGCAGCUUCCAAGUCAAGCUCAGGGAAACUACGGCAGCUCGGAAAUGUUCUCUGAAAGCAUGAGCUGCUACCCAGGCCCAGGCAGCCAGCACCCCUCCGGCCCGCAGGGGGGCUGUGAGCCUCUCAUACCACCAGCAAACAGCAGCAAUGGCUAUGAGGCCCUGGUCGAGAAUCUGUUGCCACCGAUAGAGGCUAACAGUGAAGAGUUUGAAGGACUAGAAGGUCCCGACCUCUUAGGGGACGACCUCCUUCCCCAGCUGGAGCCUUCUCUGAACCAAAAAGCUCCCUUGGGGCAACAGGAGGAGAGCAACUAUUCCUGGACCAACGGAAGCCAGGAGAAAGCCAACUGCUUGAUGAACUAUGCGGCUCAGCCCCGGAAGAACACUACUGGUUCCAGUAACCACCCACGAGUCCUCAGUCCUCUGAAGAACAGCUUGCCUUCAUCAUCCCUACAGUUUUCCUCCUCCACCUCCUGGGAUAGGAGAACGCAGAGGAAGCAGCUGGUGGAGAGUGGCCUGGAGGACAAGCAGGAGAAAGCCAAUCGGAUCAUCUCUGAGGCCAUCGCCAGGGCCCGAGAGCGGGGCGAGAAGAACAUCCCCAGGGUGAUGAGCCCCGAGAGCUUCCCGUGUUCUGCCGAGCACAAGGCACCGCGUGGCCACAGGGCCCAGACAAAGGAAAAGUCCUCCAAGAAGGCCAGCAUUGUGCCCUCUUCAAAAGCUAAGCAGAAUGCCAAGAUUGGGAAAAUAGUAAUCAAAUUCGGCAAGAAUAAAAGGCGGAAGAACGACUCUUCGGAGGAGCUGUCUGACGACGAACCACCCCCUCGACACUCCUCCAGGGAUGAGGAUCUGAAGAGAAGGUCCAGUCGGCAGGUGAAGCGCAAGAAGUACACAGAGGACGGUGACUCGAGGCUGUCGGAUGAGGAGGUCAGGGUCAUCAUCAAAGCCAAGAAGACAACGAUGGCGCCUGCCAAAGAGCAGCCCGCGCAGCUGUUUUUGGAAAAUCCAAGUGACGAGGAUGCUGCUGUCGUUGACAAAAUCAUGGCAUCGCGCUUUGUGAAAACUGAGGUUUCUCCUGGAGUCGUGGUUGAAGUGGAAGAGUUCUUUGUGAAAUACAAGAACUACUCCUAUCUGCACUGCGAGUGGGCUACAGAGCAGCGGCUGCUGAAGGACAGGCGGAUCCAGCAGAAGAUCAAGCGCUUCCGGAUUAAGCGGGCACAGAGGGCUCUGUUCUUCGCAGAUAUGGAGGAGGAGCCAUUUAACCCUGACUAUGUUGAGGUGGACAGAGUGCUGGAGGUGUCCUGCUGUCAGGAUAAGGACACUGGAGAGCCUGUGGUCUACUACCUGGUCAAGUGGUGCUCCCUGCCUUAUGAGAACAGUACGUGGGAACUGCAGGCGGAUGUGGAUGAAAGCAAGAUUGAGGAGUUCAAGCAGCUGCAGGCAGCUCAGCCAGACCCUCGCAGGGUGGAGCGGCCUCCAGCCAGUCAGUGGAAGCAGCGGAAGGAGUCGCGGGAGUACUGCAAUGGCAACUGCCUCAGGGAAUACCAGCUAGAGGGAGUCAACUGGCUGCUUUUCAACUGGUAUAACAGACGGAAUUGUAUCUUGGCUGACGAAAUGGGUCUGGGCAAAACAAUCCAGUCCAUCACGUUCCUGGAGGAGGUUUGCCAUGCCGGGAUACGCGGGCCCUUCCUCAUCAUUGCUCCGCUGUCCACCAUCGCCAACUGGGAGCGCGAGUUUCGCACGUGGACGCACCUCAACGUCAUCGUGUACCAUGGCAGCGCCAUCAGUCGCCAGAUGCUUCAGCAGUACGAGAUGUACUUCAGGGAUUCGCAGGGCCAUGUCAUUAAUGGAGCGUACAAGUUCCAGGCUGUCAUCACCACCUUUGAGAUGAUCCUUGGCGGCUGCCCUGAGCUCAAUGCCAUUGAGUGGCGCUGCAUCAUCAUCGAUGAGGCCCACCGACUGAAAAACAAGAACUGUAAACUGCUGGAGGGAUUCAAGCUCAUGAAUCUGGAACAUAAGGUCCUCCUGACGGGCACGCCACUCCAGAACACCGUGGAGGAGCUCUUCAGCCUGCUGCACUUCCUGGAGCCAGUGCGCUUUCCCUCUGAGGCCACAUUCAUGCAGGAAUUCGGAGACUUGAAGACGGAGGAGCAGGUUCAAAAGCUGCAGGCCAUCCUGAAGCCAAUGAUGCUGAGGAGACUGAAGGAGGAUGUGGAAAAGAAGCUGGCUCCCAAAGAGGAGACCAUCAUUGAGGUGGAGCUCACUAACAUCCAGAAGAAGUACUACCGUGCCAUCCUGGAGAAGAACUUCUCCUUCCUGGCCAAGGGUGCCGGCCAAGCCAAUGUACCCAACCUGGUGAAUACUAUGAUGGAGCUCCGCAAGUGCUGCAACCACCCCUACCUCAUCAAAGGGGCGGAGGAAAAGAUCCUGGAAGACUUCCGGGAAGUCUACAGUCCAGCUGCCGCGGACUUCCACCUGCAGGCAAUGGUGCAGUCAGCAGGCAAGCUGGUACUUAUAGACAAGCUGCUUCCCAAGAUGAAGGCUGGGGGCCACAAAGUGCUCAUCUUCUCCCAGAUGGUGCGCUGUCUGGACAUUCUGGAGGAUUACCUUAUUCAGAGGAGAUACCUCUAUGAAAGGAUUGAUGGGCGCGUGCGGGGGAACCUACGCCAGGCAGCCAUCGACAGGUUCAGCAAGCCUGACUCGGACCGGUUCGUCUUCUUGCUGUGCACACGUGCAGGAGGGCUGGGCAUCAACUUGACCGCCGCGGAUACCUGCAUCAUCUUUGACUCUGACUGGAAUCCUCAGAAUGACCUCCAGGCCCAAGCUCGCUGCCACAGGAUUGGCCAGAACAAGGCAGUGAAGGUGUACAGACUGGUCACACGCAACUCCUAUGAGCGAGAGAUGUUUGAUCGCGCCAGCCUGAAGCUGGGCCUGGACAAGGCCGUUCUGCAAAGCAUGAGUGGCAGGGAGAAUGCGGGAAGUGGUAUCCAGCAGCAGCUCUCCAAGAAGGAGAUAGAAGACCUGCUGAGAAGGGGAGCCUAUGGAGCCUUAAUGGACGAAGAAGACGAGGGCUCUAAGUUUUGUGAGGAGGACAUUGACCAAAUCCUCCAGCGUAGAACCAAGACCAUCACCAUUGAGUCUGAGGGCCGUGGGUCCACAUUUGCUAAGGCCAGUUUUGUGGCUUCUGGGAAUAGAACAGACAUCUCUCUGGAUGAUCCCAAUUUCUGGGACAAGUGGGCAAAAAAGGCAGAGAUUGACAUCAAUGCUCUCAAUGGCAGAAACAGUCUCGUGAUCGACACUCCGCGGAUCCGCAAGCAGACCCGCCCCUUCAGCGCCACCAAGAACGAGCUGGCAGAGCUGUCUGAGGCGGACAGUGACUCGGACGGUGAGGACAAGCCUAAACUGCGCCGCCCCUAUGACCGGCUCAGCAGCUACGGUCGCACUGAGUGCUUCCGUGUGGAGAAGAACCUGCUGGUGUACGGGUGGGGCCGCUGGAAAGACAUUCUCCAGCAUGGCCGUUUCAAGCGGCAGCUUGGUGAACGGGAUGUGGAGGCAAUCUGCCGAGCACUGCUGGCUUACUGCUUGGUCCACUACCGUGGUGACGACCGCAUCAAAAGCUUCAUGUGGGACCUGAUCGCACCAUCUGAGGACGGACGCACCCGUGAGCUGCAGAAUCACCUGGGUCUUUCAACCCCUGUACCACGGGGCAGAAAGGGUAAGAAGAUGAAAAACCAGUCAACACCAUUUGACAUCCAGAAGGCCGCAUGGAUCCAGAAGCAUAACCCCGAGCACAUCCUGCAGGACGACGGCUACAAGAAGCACUUGAAGCACCACUGUAACAAGGUACUGCUGCGUGUCAGAAUGCUCUAUUACCUGAGACAGGAAGUGGUCGGAAAGCAGUCACAGAAGGUUCUUGACGGCGUAGAUUGCAGUGAGAUUGAGAUCUGGGUUCCAGAGCUCGAUCGCUCGGAGCUGCCUGCUCUCUGGUGGGACAGGGUGGCUGACAAGUGUCUCUUACUCGGGGUUUACAAGCACGGUUAUGAGAAGUACAACACAAUCCGCGCCGAUUCUGCUCUCUGCUUCCUAGAGAGGGUGGGCCGUCCCGACGAGAAGGCAAUCGCCGCUGAGCAGAGAGCCAGUGACUGCAUGGACGGGGACGCCGAUGACCCCGAGUACAAGCCCGCCCCAGCUCUGCUCAAGGACGAUAUGGAGGAUGAUGCCUCUUCCCCUGGAGACCUGGUCAUCAGUGAUCCUGCUUUAGAAGGCAGUAUUCCAGUGGAGGGGGACACUGCCUACUGGCCCCCCCCUUCAGCCUUAACAGCUCGGCUGCGCCGCUUGAUCACUGCAUCUCAACGUUACACCAAGAGCCGGCAGAUUCUCCAUAUCCACCAGACUCAGCAAGCGUGCCUCACCCCGCCUAGCAGCACCCUGCUGCCGCCAGUCGCUGACCCACUUAACCCCAAGAUGGCUGCCAAGAUGGAACGGCAGCAGAGGUGGACGCGACGAGAAGAGGCUGACUUCUACCGUGUGGUCUCCACCUUCGGUGUGGUGUUUGACCCUGAUGCAGGCCGGUUUGACUGGACCAAGUUCCGGGCCAUGGCCCGUCUGCACAAGAAGACAGAUGAGAGCCUGCAGAAGUACCUGUGGGCUUUCACGGACAUGUGCCGGCGGGUGUGCCGCCUGCCUCUGCGGGAGGGGGAUCCCAUGGACCCCUCCAUAGCAAUACAACCAAUCACAGAGGAGCGUGCAUCCCGGACACUGUACCGCAUUGAGCUGCUGCGUAAGGUGCGAGAGCAGGUGUUACGGCAUCAACAGCUGUAUGAGCGCCUGGCACUAUGCCAGCCGGGGCCUGAUCUACCCGUGUGGUGGGAACCAGGGCUUCAUGACCGCGACCUGUUGAUCGGGGCAGCCAAGCACGGUGUGAGCCGCACAGACUAUCACAUCCUACGGGACCCCGAGCUUGCCUUCAUGGCUGCUCAGAGCAGCUACAGCCAGCACAAAGGGAACCCGUCCCGGACCCCCACACCACUGCUGCAGCCUCAGGGCCAAGCUGUGCCUACAGGCUCCCCCCUGGCUAUCCAGCCACGGCAGUCAGACACCCAAGUCGCCUCAAAUGACGGCCCGCAGAUCCAGCCGAAGCAGGAGCCCAGUUCAGAGGAGGAAGAUGGAGAGAGGACAGGUCAGCCUAGUGAGAACCAGAGCCCCAAGUUAGGCCCUCCAACCCCUGCUGGUCCAGCAAAGGGGGAAGCUGCACGGACGAAGCCUCUCACACCCAGCUCCACUGGCAGGAAGCAGAAAGAGUCCGGCAGGCAGAGCCGACGUGAGGCACGAAGAGACUCUCCCUCGCGCUCCCGCUCCUCCUCCAGCUCCUCUUCGCACUCCUCUUCUUCGUCAUCUUCAUCAUGUUCCCGUUCUGGUUCUAGCUCCUCCUCUUCCUCCAGCUCAGCUUCUUCUGGGUCCUCCUCGUCUUCAGAUGACAGUGCAAGUGAAGGAGAGGAAUGCAAGGAGACGGCGCGUGACCAGCGUGAGCCCGUGCCCACUGUGAAGGGCUUCGACGAAGACAGCGUGGCCUCCCUUGGAACCACGCUGGAUGAGAUGCAGGACAGCUACCUCAGCAGCAGCGGUCCCCCUAGUUCCAACCCUUUCCAGGGGGGCUACAUGCUGGCAGCCUCCUUCUGGCCAAAGGACCGAGUGAUGAUCAACCGGCUAGACAGCAUCUGCCAUGCCGUGCUAAAGGGGAGGUGGCCCACAACGAAGCGGACGUACGAAGGAGCCACCGUGUCCUCCUUUUAUACCACCAAACUCCUGGACAGCCCUGGCGGCCCCCGGGAGGAGCCCUCUGCCUCUCCUCAGAUGUCAAAGGUGAAGAAGCAUGUUCCAGAAAAGGAGUUUACGGUCCAAAUCAAAGACCAGGAGGGAGGCUUGAAGCUCACCUUCCAGAAGCAGGGCCCAUCCAACAAGCGACCCCUAGAGGGUGAGGAAGAACCUGCAGACCAGCAGCAGUACCUGACACGUCUGCAGGAGCUGCAGAGUGCCUCCGAUACCAGUCUGGCAGAUUUCACCAAGGCCUUGCCGAGCUCUGCUCAAGUGUGUGCGAAGUUAAAUGGCCUCGUCGACAGCCAACCUGUGGUGAAGAAAAGGCGAGGCAGGAGGAAGAACGUGGAAGGAGUGAGCCUCCUGUUUAUGAACAAGAGCAGAGCUCCUCCCGUCUCGGAGCAUGUGCCCCCUGGGUGGUAUGGCAGCGCCCCAGGUAGCCCAGCGGUGGGGCCAACGCAGGUGUAUGGACAGCUUCAAGGGCCACUGGAUAAUGAGACCCGGGUGCCUGUCAUCAACCUCCGGGAUGGCACCCGUCUCACGGGCGAUGAUGCUCCAAAGAGGAAGGACCUGGAGCAGUGGUUGAGGGCACACCCGGGAUUUGUGGCCGACGUGGGAGCCUCCAUCCCAGGGGUUGAUGGGCCACAGUUUUCAGCCAGCCGGCCAAAGCAGAAGCGGCACCGCUGUCGUAACCCCAACAAGAUGGACGUGAACAGCUUGACUGGGGAGGAGAGAGUGCAGAUCAUCAAUCGGAGGAAUGCCAGGAAGGUUGGUGGGGCGUUUGCGCCACAGCUAAAGGACCUGUGCCGCUUCCUUCAGGAGAACCCAGAGUAUGGCGUGCCCCCGGAAUGGGCAGAUGUAGUGAAACAUUCAGGUUACCUGCCGGAAAGCAUGUUUGACCGCAUUCUGACUGGACCCAUAGUGCCUGAGGAGGUGAGCCGACGUGGAAGGCGGCCUAAGAGCAUGCUUUCCAGGGCAGCCGCGGCUGCCAGCGCCAACACCCCAGUUGCGGGCCUCAAACCCCUGCAAGCCGGUGGGCUGCUCUCGACCGUGGACUUGCCGAGCCUCCAGGACUUGCCGAGCCUCCAGGCCCUGCAGCAGAACCUGCAGAGCCUGCAGUCCCUGCAGCUGACUGCUGGGCUCCUGGGGCUGCCCACCACAGACACCACCAGCCUGGCAAGCAUGUUCCCCGUGUUGUUCUCAGGGAUGGCAGGGUUGUCUAACCUCCUGGGCAUGAGCAGCCUGCUGGGUAAACCACAGGAAGGGCCCGAAGGAGGCAAGGAGAAAGGAACUGUCAGUGGCGAUGCAGAUCCGUUGGUCUCCAGACCUGUGCCGUGCAGCCCUGCGCGCGCAUCGGACACCAAAGGCGAAAGGACCGAAGGCCAGAGCACUGAGCCGCCCACUAGCGAAGCCUCCACCUCUGGCAGCCUCAGCCCUGCAAGCACUUUGACUGCAGCAACAGCAGCCGCUGCUUCUAACCCUCUCCUGGCUCUGAAACCCCUGCUGCUCUCCAAUGUGCAGUAUCCCAGGAUGCUGCUCACUCCAGGCCUUAACUUCCCUGCGCCCUCGACAGCGCAGGCCAACACAACGGCAGCGCAACAGCAAAACUUGGAUGCCCCCCUGCCCACCUUGUCUAAGGAGGCACUGCCAGAGGCCUCGCAGGAGGGCGCGAUGGAGGCGGGUGAACGGGAGCCCUUCGAAGAACAGUUAGAGGAACAGAAGAACAGUGCAGAAGAGGGUUCGAGAACAACCGAGUCGUCAUCUUCAUCUGAGUCUGGCAGUUCCUCUUCAUCAUCGGAAGAUUCAGACUCCAGCGAAGAAGAUGGGGCGUGAUUACCCUAAUAAUUGUAUACAUAAGUAAUAUAUUAUGUAAUGAAUUUCCCUGCACUGAGCGUUGGCUUUCUUUUUGUAAAUUAAAAAUACUGAAAAGUGUUGUUAUAAAGAAAACCAAGUUGUAGGAGAAUGGAACAGUAUUGAGCUGAUCUGAAAUGAAAUUUCAGUGUUUAUUCACAGGUACCUUGUGUGAGAGACUUUUGCAUGAAGACCUUAUUGGAUUUCUGAAAUUUGUGAGACUUGUAUUACACCAUGAUGUACUAUGGCAAGAUAAAGUAAGGUAUUGUUCUAAUUAUGUUGAGAUUAAUUUUAUUAAAAAACAGAAAAAAUAAUAAAUUUAACACAAGCU